GCUUUUCAACAAGCCCACACCGCCACAAAUCAAACUCACGCAACACCAGUUUGCAGAGAGAGAGCGAGAAAGAGAGAGAGCGAGAGAGAGAAGCAGACGAGCAAGUGAGAGGAUGAGAAGCAGUGAGGCGUUCACAGGAAGAGAGCCACUCCAUCACCGAAGAGAAACGAUGACGAGGGUUCAGUAGAGGACAGAUCCAAAAUGUCUCCGCGCCGAGGAGGCUUUUGAUAAGCAUCUCAGAUGAGCGGCACGCGGCUUUGGAGUCUCGUCCUCAAGCUGUCCGCUUGCCAUUGGGCUCGAGGAGCGCACACGCUUUCGGGCGCCUCAGCUCAGCCGCAGCUUGAAUAGAAGUUGAUCUUUUGUUGUGCCCUUCGCCAUGAGGGUUCUGACAUCCAACUUGUUCGCGGUGCUCAUCCUGGGCGCAUUUGCGGGGGUUUUCUACGUGUGGAGCUCGCUCGAGGACCGCUUGGAGCGACACAAACGAGGCUUUGCAGUGCCGGGCGUCGGGUCGUUCUUCCCCAAACUCCCCGUGGAUCUUUCCGCUAAAACUUUCCGCACUCUGCUUGCUGUCCCAGCAGCACAAAAAAUCCAACUCAAGGCUCACAACGAGACCACAAUAAUUCGCCAAGACCACGUGAAUGGGAAUUCACGGGGAGGGUCAGACAGAUCGGACCCCCCCGUGGAGGAUGGCAUAUUUUGGAGCGCCUGGCUGGAAGAUCUACUGCCGGUGGGAUUCACAGAAGGAUACGCCAGGGCUUGGCGAGACAGGGCGAGGGCAUCACGGGUCGUAAAGCUGGAGCCAGGAUGCGGCAGGAUAUCUAAUCAGCUCGCUACUUUCGAGGAUGGCUCCAAAGCGUGUGUGCGCUACGGGAUCAACGCGGACCAGGUGCAAGGUGAAACUUUGACCUAUUACCUUGCUUGCUUGCUGGGCAUCACCAACGUGCCCCCUCUGGUGCUGUCCCAGCUGAACACCUUCAGUGAACAAUGGGGGGUGGUGAGGACGCACCUAGGUGAACUACAAUGGAGCGACCAUGCCGUGGUUUCUCUCACCGAGUGGGUUUCCAACCUGAGCGGGGUGGUCACACCUGCUCCGCUCCGCCAGGAGAGCAGCGGGCUGCACCCCGAGCUUCUAAACAAGACAACGGAGGAGCUCGUAGAUCUCAUGCAGUGGAGCGACCUGAUCAUAUUUGACUACAUGACGGCCAACUUUGACCGGCUGGUGAGCAAUCUUUUCAGCCUGCAAUGGGACGCGCACGUUAUGGAAAGGGACACCAACAAUCUCCUGAAAACGCCCCGCGGAGACCUGGUUUUUAUAGACAACGAAGCCGGGUUAGUGCACGGCUUCCGGGUGUUAAACAUGUGGGAGCCAUAUCACCAGACUGUGCUGGGCUCCGUGUGCGUGUUCAGGAAGAGGACCGCGCAGCGCGUGGCCGAGCUCCACCAGCGCAGAGAUGCCAGGACAAGGCUGCUGGAGCUCUAUAGAGACAGCGAGCCAUUGUCAGCCAAAAUGGGUUUCCUUUCAGACGAGCACGCCGCUGUCCUCCAGGACAGGAUAGACAGAGUAUACAAACACAUUCUAGACUGCAAAGAGAAGUACGGCCAGCUAUGAGCAUCCACGAUGGGACUCAGUGGCCCAAAGAUGCAAAACAGACAGUUUUGUCUGGAGUAUGCAACUGAACUACCUCUUAUGGAUCAAAUGUGACGCCUACUUUAUCACUAUUUGUGCCAGCUUAAUCCCUGCUGAUUUAUCUCACACUAUGAAUCGCGCUUUGUACACUGUUGAUUAGGAUAACAUGUGAAGAUUAGAACAGUGACUGCAUGGGGUAACAUAUAGCCCCUCAUGCUCUGUGUGUUUGGAUUAUUGCCGUAUGGUCUUUAAUCCAGAUCAAAUAAACUCCCGAGCCU